CUUUUUCAGCUUGUCAACCCAACGUUAAGGGAACAGUGGAUGAAGUUUGUUUUUCCGGGGCAGCAACGGAGUUGUGCACGUAUGUUUGUUUGUUCCCGGGAUUUUCGGUGACUUGUUUACUUGUUUAAAUUUUUUACUUUGUAAACAAGUCCCAGUUCGGCGCUGGAUUUGCAGAUUGCAGGCGGUGAGUAAAGCAGUGGCGUGCAGUGGUGUUCUGAAAUGAGGAGGCACAUUUUUUAUUUAUUUAUGAAUCAAUGUAAAUUCAUGUGCAUUACUCUUAACGUUGACACAUCUUCCUUGUUAAAUGAACAUUACAUUACAUCAAAAAAGAAAAAAAGAAACCAAAUAAAAUUCUAUUUCGUAAUUUUACAUUAACAAUGUAAUGUUCUAUUUAUCAAAACCAAGUCAAUCUCAAGUUAGUGUUUUAAGCAUUUCUACAUUUAUUCCAAAAUAAUAACUAAAGGCUGUAACAAUUUAAACAAUAUAUUUUAUUUGUGUAUUGAUGUUUUUCUUUUUAAUAGUCAACUUAGGCUAUUCUGGAUCAUCAGUCAUGCUCCGUAAACACCGUCUGUCACAGACAUGAAGAUGUAUUUUUAAUUUCACCAAGCUGAUUGCACUAAAAAAACCCCGCAGUCAUCGUGUUUUCAUUCCAUUUCAAGUUUGAUUUUGACGUGACAUAAAGCGGUGAUAUCUAACUGGGUGAUCUGUUUACUUACUUUUCAAUUAGUCUUCCCAUUGACACCAUUAUUUGUUCAUUCAAACUGACGCGCAUAACACACACGUCAACAAGAGGCGGGAUUUAUCACACAAACCAAUCAUAUCCAAUCAUAACCAAUUACAUCUAAUCAUAGCGCGAUGGAGACAUAGCCUCCUCUGACGUGACUUUCCCCCAUUCAUUCUCAAUUACCCCCACAAAACCCACCGCACGCUGGGGGUCUAAUGGUUUUCUAUGGUUUUCUAUGAGAGCAAAGGGAGGCAUGACUCCUGCUGUAACUUUACCUGCGGGUGUCGCUGUUGGGCAGUGUUCCUUAAGAAAUACGAUUGACUUGCGCUCUUUUUAAAGGAACACUCCACUUUUUUUGAAAAUAGGCUCAUUUUCCAACUCCCCUAGAGUUAAACAGUUGAGUUUUACCAUUUUCGAAUCCAUUCAGCUGAUCUCCGGGUCUGGCGGUACCACUUUUAGCAUAGCUUAGCAUAGUUCACUGAAUCUGAUGAGACCAAUAGCAUCUCGCUCAAAAAUGACCAAAGAGUUUCGAUAUUUUUCCUAUUUAAAACUUGACUCUUCUGUAGUUACAUCGUGUACUAAGAGCGACGGAAAAUGAAAAGUUGCGAUUUUCUAGGCCGAUAUGGCUAGGAACUAUACUCUCAUUCUGGCGUAAUAAUCAAGGAACUUUGUAAUGUCAUUGCGCCUGCUGCACCCAUGGUACGGCAGCAAAGUUCCCCCCCUUUAAUAAAAACUACCGAGAACACACAAAAAAUGUAUAAUCCUUAAAAUCUUUCAGAAACUUUUUUUUCCCCCAUUGUGUUACUCCAUAUACCAUCUAUGCUUAACAAAAAAAAUAAAUUCAUAAGAAAUCCGUAAUAUGUUGUAUAAAAUACACAUUUUAGUCGUGUCUCCAGGUUCACUCAGACCUGUUACCCUCACCCAUUCCCUUGCACAUUCCACAAGAUGUUUUCAACAGGAAGUUGCAUCAUCUUGAUUUGUACAGGCCACGAGAACACCAAAAGUGCCUCUGGUGUUGAUACAGAUGAAGUGUCAGUGUCUGUGAUGGAGGGAGAAUCAGUCACUCUACACACUGGUGUUAAAACAAACCAACAAGAAGAUAUUAAAUGGUAUUUUAAUAAAACUCGCUUAGCUCAGAUCAGUGGAGAUCAGAGUAAGAUCUGUACAGAUGUUCAGUGUGAAGAGAGAUUCAGAGACAGACUGAAGCUGGAUCAUCAGACUGGAUCUCUGACCAUCACAAACACCACAAACACAGACUCUGGCCUCUAUAAACUAUGGAUCAACAGCAGCAGCAGCAUCAGUCCAAAGAUCUUCAAUGUUACUGUCACUGCUGUUCCAGAUUCAGGUCUGUCUUCAGGUGCUGUUGCAGGAAUAGUUGUUGUACUGGUGUUUGCUGCUGCUGCUGCUGUAACUGUUGGUGUGAUUUACUGUCGCAAGUGUCAAGCAGGGCAAAAAGACGGUGAGAUGCAGGCCGAGCCAGAUCAGGAGAAUCAUGUAGAUGACUCGACCCCUGAUCAGACUGACCCUCUAAUGAAGAACGCUGCCAAUGGGACGUCUCCAAAUCAGACUGAGCCUCUAAUGAAGAACGCUGCCAAUGGGAAGUCUCCAAAUCAGACUGAGCCUCUAAUGAAGAACGCUGCCAAUGGGACGUCUCCAAAUCAGUCUGACCCUCUAAUGAAGAACGCUGCCAAUGGGACAUCUCCAAAUCAGACUGACCCCCUAAUAGGAGCCAGUCCACCACAAAGUGACUUAAACUUUUUGCUUUUUGUAGAAGAUGGAGAGAACCCAUACUAUGCAGAAACACCCACCCAAGGUGUGUCUGGUGUUGAUAUAAAGAUAGUGUCAGUGGGAGAUUCAGUCACUCUAAACACUAGUGUUGAAACAAACCAACAAGAAGAUAUUAUAUGGUAUUUUAAUAACAUUCGCAUCGCUCAAAUCACUGAAAAUCAGAGUAAGAUCUGUACAGAUGAUCAGUGUGAUGAGAGAUUCAGAGACAGACUGAAGCUGGACAAUCAGACUGGAUCUCUGACCAUCACAAACACCAGAAACACAGACUCUGGAGAAUAUAAACUAGUACUGAUCAGCAACAGCAAUAAUCCAGAGAUCUUCAAUGUUACUGUCAGUGGUGUUCCAGAUUCAGGUCUGUCUUCAGGUGCUGUUGCAGUAAUAGUUGUUGCUGUACAGGCGUUUGCUGCUGCAGCUGUAACUGUUGGUGUGAUUUACUGUCGCAAGCGUCAAGCAGGACAAAAAGACGGUGAGAUGCAGGCCGAGCCAGAUCAGGAGAAUCAUGUAGAUGACUCGACCCCUGAUCAGACUGUCCCUCUAAUGAAUGCUGCCAAUGAGACGUCUCCUCAUCAGACUGACACUCCAAAGAAGGAUACUAGCAACGGGACGUCUCCUAAUCAGAAUAAGAUUCCUUUGAUGGACACUGAUAACGAGACAUCCUCUAAUCCAUCUGAAGCUGCUGAAGAGGCAUCACUAUAACAUCAUGUUUUGACAUAAGAGAUAUUUUGUCCAUUCUGUGUACAUUCUCUUAUUACUGCCUUACGAAGACGGGUACUGUGACCAAAUUGACCGCUGCACACAGACUUGUACUGCAAGACGGCUCUCUUCACACAGCACAGAUUGACAGCUGCCUUGACAUGUUCGUUGUGCACCAGUUGGAUUUUAUUGAUUUAUUUGUUGUUGAGUAUUUAUCACAUUCCGUGCCUGAUACUGGAUGCAUAAAUGACUAUAUUAGUGAACUAAUGUAGGGAAUAGAGAAUGAGGGUAUAGGAUGUGAUUUAGGACACAGCCUCUGAGGGUUGACUUUGAGUGAUGUUAAUUCAUGGACCACGGUAGCCAUAAAUGACAAAUAUUACCCUGAAUUCACUGUUUUCUACAGCAUAUUACUGUUUAAUGGAAAGUGGAUAAUAAUGGACAAAUGAUAGUGGAGCUAAUGGAGGAAGAAAGCUUACUGUGUUUAGUGUGUUCUUUUCCGAAUAUAAUUCCAGAACAAAAAUAUUUUGUGGAAGUGAUUCCCCUUUAAUUACUUAUAUCAGGCCCAGCUCAUUAGUGUCACUGCCAGUGAAUGAGACACAGGUGCAGAGUUAAAUCAAAUAAAUGAGUAUAUAUAUAUAUAUA